UAAAUGAAACUGGUGAACACAGACGAUUGCAACGAAAUAUGACAGAACGGAACGAAACGGAAUGAAACGAUUUAGUGAUUCGAACCAAGAUGGUACUGGAAAGUACAAUGAUAUGUGUCGACAAUAGCGAUUAUAUGAGAAAUGGAGAUUAUUUACCGACACGAUUGCAAGCACAACAAGAUGCUGUUAAUUUGCUUUGUCAUUCGAAAACGCGUUCGAAUCCUGAAAACAACGUUGGUUUAAUAACGUUAGCUAACGUUGAGGUGUUAGCUACGCUUACUAGCGAUGUGGGCAGGAUUUUAUCAAAACUUCAUCAGGUACAACCAAAUGGUAACCUAAAUCUAAUUACAGGAAUACGAAUUGCGCAUCUGGCGCUAAAACAUCGUCAAGGUAGAAACCAUAAAAUGCGCAUUGUGGCCUUUAUUGGUAGUCCCAUAGAAAUCGAUGAGAAAGAACUUGUGAAAUUAGCGAAAAGAUUAAAAAAGGAGAAAGUUAAUGUGGAUGUGAUUAGUUUUGGUGAAGAAAGCAGUAAUAAUGAAGUAUUGGCAACCUUUAUCCACGCUCUUAAUGGAAAAGAUGGAACAGGCAGCUAUUUGAUCUCAGUUCCACCUGGACCACAUUUAUCUGAUGCAUUAAUUUCUUCUCCUAUACUUCAAGGAGAAGAUGGAAUGGGUGGCACAGGCAUGGGAGGAUCUGCCUAUGAGUUUGGUGUUGAUCCAAAUGAGGAUCCAGAAUUGGCAUUAGCACUACGUGUUUCUAUGGAAGAACAACGACAGCGACAAGAAGAUGAAGCACGGCGUGCACAGGCUAAUGAAACGACUACAAACAAACGAUCAGAAACGAUUAAAGAAGUACAUAAUGAAGAGGCAAUGUUAAAACGUGCACUUGCUAUGUCACUCGAAGGUGCAGAAGCUUCGUCUUCAACGGCCGACAAUACAGCUCCCACUAAUAUAAAUACACCCGAUUUUGCACGUAUGACUGAAGAGGAACAAAUUGCUUUUGCAAUGCAAAUGUCUAUGCAAGAUCAACAAGAACUUGAAUCCCUUAAAGAGGAAGCAAUGGAAGUUGAAGAAGAUUAUGCUGCUGUUAUGUCUGAUCCAGCAUUUUUACAAUCAGUUUUGGAAAAUUUACCAGGUGUCGAUCCUCAUUCUGAAGCUGUUCGUCAAGCCGUUGGAUCUCUUCAGCAAAAUAAGGAUAAAGAUAAAGAUAAAGAUAAAGAUAAAGAUAAAGAAAAAGAAAAAGAAAAGGACAAAGAGAAGGACAAGGAAAAGAAAUAAAAAAUUUGUGCUCAU